ACUUGGCGUUCCAUCUAUUAUGUGAUCUAAGACUCUAGCACAAACGUCGUCGUCGUGCAUACCGUGGCGAAACGUGAAACUGCAAGUGAUUAAGUGUGCUGUGGCUCAUAAAUGAUUUAGACAGAUAAAAUACAAUGUAUAGUGUACUUUUCAAGUGUGAACAAGCCCAUGAUGACAGCAUCUGGAGUGUUGCAUGGAUGCGUAGCGAGAAAGACAAUGUUGAAAACAUAGUUACAGGUGCUGUUGAUGACUUAGUCAAAUGCUGGACUUGGGAAAAUGAUGAACUUAAGUUGAAGUGGACAUUAGAGGGACAUCAGCUUGGUGUGGUCUCUGUAGAUAUUAAUCCAAGCGGUAGCAUCGCUGCUACCAGUUCUCUUGAUAGUCAUAUUCGUCUUUGGGAUUUAGAAGUUGGUAAACAGAUGAGGUCAAUCGAUGCAGGACCAGUUGAUGCAUGGACAUUAUCCUUCUCUCCUGAUGGCCGUUACUUGGCAACUGGGAGCCAUACAGGCAAGAUUAAUUUAUUUAGUGUUGAAAGUGGAAAGAAGGAGUCGUCAUUGGAUACCAGAGGCAAAUUUACACUCAGUGUCGCAUAUAGUCCUGAUGGAAAAUACUUAGCAAGUGGAGCUAUUGAUGGCAUCAUUAAUGUUUUUAGUAUAAAUAUUAGUACCCUACCUCUAAUAUUAUUGCCAAUUUCACUUAAUUGCAGUCAACAUGCGAAUCUCACAGGCACAUUAUCCGGCCAUAGUUCCUGGGUUCUGAGCGUGAAUUUUUGUCCUGAUAAUACACAUUUUGUAUCCAGUUCGUCAGAUAAGACAGUAAAAGUUUGGGAUACUUCUACAAAGCAGUGUGUAGCAACAUUCCAAGACCACUAUGACCAGGUGUGGCAAGCAAAGUACAAUGGAAAUGGUUCAAAAAUAGUUUCAGUAUCAGAUGACAAAGCAGUUCAUGUGUAUGAGUGCCCGAUAUAACAACUUUUGCUACAGUAUUCAAUUACAUUACAAUAGGCCAACUGUGUUGAGUGGAAAAAAAAAAAUUUGAUAAUUUAAUUGCUUACUUUGUAUAUUUAAGUACUGUAUAUGGGAAAUGACUAAAUCACAAAGCUCUGAAAUAUUGAUAGCACAAUACGUUUUUUCUAAAACAAUUUUUCAAUACCAGACAAUACUGGUACAGUAUACCAAGUGAUUAAUUAUUAUUGUGUUUAAUAUAAUACUUUGACAAUAAAACUUAUCUUAAUACAAGAUAUGGGGGUGUAUACGACUGGGCCUUAAAGCUCAGUUGGUGGAGAAUCUGAACUGUAUAAGUUAGUAUUCCAAAAUUAGGGCCAAUCUGUGAAAAAAUUAGAAAGAAGCAGAUUUCAACUGAUUUGUGUAAGGAUAUAUACCAGGAUACACCAAAAAAGAAUUAGAUGGGUUAAGGUGUGGGGGAAUUUUUAUGAGGGGUUAAAGGUCAUCGACCCUAAUCUAAAAUACUAAAAGGUGUAUCUCCGGAACACUCUAUGGUAUAUGUUUAAUCUUGGUGGCAAAAUGCACAGAAAUAUAUAGCAAAAAAGAUAUUGAAAGCCCUCAUAAUCAAUCUUUGACUUUGAAAAUUUAGGUCAAAGUUCAAAAUGUCAAAAAUGAUAGUUUUUAGUCACUAAAUUGGCAUAUAUCAUUUUAAAAUAUUACAAAGAUUGUGAUUUCAACUUAUUUGUGUAGGAAUACAUACUAGGAUACACCAAAUCAAGGUUAGGGUGAUAGGAGAGUGGGGAAAUUACUUUUUGGGGUUUAAAGGUCAUUAAUCCAACCUAAAACACUAAAAUAUGAUAUAUGGUUGAUUUUUGGUGUCAAAAUGCACAGAAAAAUACAACUAAGAAAAUAAUAUAAAAGGACCCUCAUUACCAAUUCAUUACCUCAAAAAAUGAGGUCAAAGGUCAAAAUGUUAAGAAUUAUUACAAAAAUGGCAUACAGUAUAUGAUUUUUUUAUACUCAUCAUGUUCAAAGUUGGUUUUAAGCAGUUGAAGGUAGAGUAUUAAAUUAUAAUAAGUAUAUUGAUUCGAAAAGAAAUUACAGCUUAAAACUUACUGGCUUACCUUUAAUUAUUUCACAGAUUAGGUUUAAUUUUGGGAUACUAAGUGUGAAAACCCAAUAGGGACAAACAUUAAAAAAAAAAAAUCUUGUGUAAUUAUCAUAAGGAGAGGUUUUUAUCCUUACCAAAGUUACUACCUGUCAUGCAAAUAUUAAUGUAGGUAUACAGCUUUCAAUUGAAAAUGUAAUGUGAAAAAUAUUGUCCUCAACAUUCAGUGAUGCCAUUCCUCUGUUCUUUUUAGGGUUUUUAUAAUAAAAUGUAAAUGAGUGUAAACUGCA